UAUACCGUCAUAUUUGUAAACAUAACACAAUUGCCGCAAAACUUAACCAUUCACUGCAUUCAAGAUCAUUUCAUCAUUUAAGUGGUGGUUGUGGUGACAGACACACAGACACACCAGUGAUGGCAAAGUGUGUCAAACUGAUGGUCUGGAACAGAGAGCCCGAAACGGUUGCGCUCAUCAAAGGCCUCAUGGGAUCAGUCGUGGAGAUCGUGCAGACGGAUGGCAAUCGUGUGGUGGGAACUGUUGACAACUACACCCUAUCCGAUGGCGACUACGUGUUUGAGUUGAUCCGCACCUCAAUUGGUGGCAAAUUUAUCGGUUACUAUCGGAUCUUUGACUGCGAAGUGAAGAAAUGGAGGCUUAAGGAGUGGACACCGCCGAAGAAUGGCACCCAUUAUAUGGACAACACGUCUAUUAACGGUAGUGUGAACUCGGGAUCAGAUGAGUCAUGCAAAGUGAUAAUACCGUCGCAACUGAAUGGCAACGCAGAGGAGGAGCCGAUGGUGGAGGAGAACGAGGCGGACCACCUGUUUGUCAACCCGGAGGUCGAGUCCAUAAAUCUGCUGGAAGAUGACAUUCCCAUUGCCAUCAAUUUAAGUCAUUUGACUCUUAAGACGAGCGACAAUCUCGUAGUUGUUGACAAAAUGGGUGACAAUUUGGACGCAAUUAUUAACUCAAUGAUGGCAUCAAAUUGUGUUGGCUUUGAACUGUUCGGCGAAGAGAUCGGUCGUAACGGAUCCGUUGAGUGGAUGUCUGUGGCGACCGCAGAGGCCAUCUAUGUCUUCAACGCUCACAAUAAGGACAUUGUUUUGUCACUAAAACCAGUGCUACAGUCGAGAGAAGUACGGAAAGUUGUCUUCAAUUGCAGGCAUCUUUCGGACGCUUUGUAUCACUUGUUUGGCAUCCAAUUGAAGGCCGUAAUCGACAUCAGAGUCUUUGAUCUCUUCGUCCAGAGAAAGCGCGCGAAUGAAGCGCUCGAGAAUCACAUGGCUUUCCAUCUGCCGAAGUUGCGAACCUUCGAUGAGAUACUGUCGGAUCAGUUGAUGAUAAAAGUACCGCAACUCUACAAGAAUCUCAAUUACAAGCACUUCUCAGUUCGUGUCCAGAAUGCCAUAAUAAUAAAGACAGUAUUCCUGAGACAACUGUACGCUCUUCUGAACCACCAGUUGCUCGAAGAACUCAUUAUAAUGACCGCACGGUGUGAGCGAUCCCUGCGCUUAGCCAAUGACCUCCAGUACGGUGUCUUGAAAGGGGACGACGCGCUCAGCCAUAUGCUGGACGAGCCCAUCAAUGACUGCGAGCGCACAGAGCGCCGACACAUUGGUUUGCCUGCCGUCCACCUCUCAAAGCCACUCAAGCGGUAG